CCUCUGGAACCGAACUGUCCUUUUGUCUUGAUUUUUCGCCCAGCCAGCAGAAAAACUUAGUGGAUGCAAAACGACAAUUACCUCACCGUCUUCAACGUGGUGUUUGUGUUGUUUGUGGUGUAUUGGAAUACUUUUUUUUACUGAAAGGUUUUCUAGUGGUAAGUCAUGGAAAGUUUGAGUGACACAUCAUUUAGUUCACUUCAAGAGAAAGUGUCGGAGCAUACUCUAAAAGCAGUUGCUGACAUGGGGUUUGAUAAAAUGACAGAAAUUCAAGCUAGAACCAUUCCACAGCUUUUAGAUGGAAGGGAUGCUGUUGUGUCUGCUAAGACAGGCAGUGGAAAAACUUUGGCGUUCCUCAUUCCAGCUGUUGAACUAAUGUACAAGUUGAAGUUUUCUGCAAGAAAUGGAACUGGAGUUUUAGUAAUCUCUCCAACUCGUGAACUGUCUAUGCAAACAUUUGGAGUUGUGAAAGAACUUUUAAAAUACCAUUCCCAUACACAUGGCUUGGUAAUGGGUGGUGCGAGUAGACAGACUGAAGCUCAGAAGCUUGCAACAGGUGUUAAUAUACUUAUUGCUACUCCUGGAAGACUUCUUGAUCAUCUGCAAAAUACGCAACAGUUUUUAUAUAAAAACUUACAGUGUUUAAUCAUUGAUGAAGCUGACAGAAUCUUAGACAUAGGAUUUGAGGAGGAAAUGAAAAAUAUCAUCCGUAUUUUGCCAAAAAGUAGACAAACAUUGUUGUUCAGUGCUACUCUUACAAAGAAAACAGAAGAUUUAGUAAGAGUUGCCUUAAGGAAUCAACCCUUAUAUAUUGGAGUUGAAGAUCAGGAAGAAAAAGCUACUGUUGAAGGUCUUAAACAGGGUUAUGUUGUGUGCCCAUCUGAAAAGAGGUUUCUUCUUCUCUUUACAUUUUUGAAAAAGAACCGUAAGAAGAAAGUAAUGGUUUUUUUCAGUUCUUGUAUGUCUGUAAAAUACCACAAUGAACUUUUCAACUACAUCGACUUACCUGUCAGUUGUAUACAUGGAAAGCAAAAGCAAAAUAAAAGAACUGUAACUUUCUUCCAAUUUUGCAAAGCAAAGUCUGGUAUUUUGCUAUGUACAGAUGUUGCAGCUCGUGGUUUAGAUAUACCACAAGUGGAUUGGAUUGUACAGUAUGAUCCACCAGAUGAUCCUAAGGAAUACAUCCAUCGUGUGGGUAGAACAGCUCGUGGUGAAAAUCGAAAUGGUCAUGCACUGCUUAUUCUGCGCCCUGAAGAGUUAGGAUUUCUUAGGUAUUUGAAACAUGCUCGAGUACCACUGCAAGAGUAUGACUUUUCUUGGAACAAAGUUGCAAAUGUACAAAAUCAGCUGGAAAAACUUGUUACAAAGAAUUAUUACCUACAAGUAUCUGCAAGGGAAGCAUUCAAGAAUUACAUUCGUUCAUAUAAAUCUCAUCAUAUGAAGAAAGUAUUUAAUGUGGAAACAUUGGAUCUUGCUGCAGUUGCAAAAUCUUUUGGUUUUCCUGUACCUCCGUUUGUCAGUUUUUAAAUAAAGAUAUAUGUAUAUAUUUUAA